GUGAGGCACAUUUCCACAUCUCACAUUCUGAAAAGUUUGGCUCUGGAACUGACUAUAGACUUUAUCAUACACAAUCAGCAGCAUUAAUUAUGCAUACUCUUCUGCUUGUCAUGGUCACAUCUGGACUGGUGUUACUUCAGACAUCUCAAGGCCUGACUGCAAAUCUCGAACAAGAUGACUUCCUUGAAGAGGCAAUGGCUGAAGGUUUUAUAGUUGGCACUAAAGGACCUACCAAAACUGAGAAACCACAGGAUAAUUACAAUGUCAUUACUACCCAUGACUCACUAAACCCAGAAGCAAAUCUAUCCCUGUUUCAGAAAGAUAGUCUGCCAACAGUAACUAUCGCCAAACCCCCAAAGGCUAGUACAGAGUUCACCAAUGAAAUUGCUAAGGAACUUCCAAAGAAUGAGAGUGCUGCUGUUUUGAACACAGUUGGCUCAAGCCAAACCACCACACUGUCCCCCGAGGAGAAUGCUGAAGGCUCGGGUAUGUUCCCUGAACAAGUUAUUGAGAUGCACACUGCCAUAGAAACUGUGGCUGAAGUGGACAUUAGCAGCGAGGGUUCCGGCAUGUUUUCAGAGACUCUCAAUGAGAAGCAGGAAGAGGAUCUCCAGUUCACCACCACUGUCCGUACUUCUGGAGAGCUCGACAACUCUACACUUGUAUUUGAUUCAGCAGAAAAGAAUGGUGAAUCUAGGAUGGGGCCUGAAGUUCCCACCUCAGAUUGGCUGACAACUACGUCAACCAUUAUUGUAGAAGCUGAAAUUAUAGCACACAAAAACAAAGAAGUAGCAGUGGAAAAACCCUUAGAUGAAAGUAAUCAAGAUCUAACAGUGUUUUCUGUGCCGGAUCCAGAACCCACUAUAUCUGCACGGGUUAAAGACGGCACACCUGGUUGGCUUCUCAUUUUAGCAUUAUGCCUUACACUUGGAGCUGUUAUCUGCGUGUUUGCUGGGAUUGCCACCAAAGACAUGUGGUACGGGCCUAGUAGGAAAUGCCUCAAUAUCAACUCCACAGAGUCGAAGAAACAUGAGGAAUAUGACAAAGCAGCAACUCUCCCCAUAUCAGAGAAGGAAAUAGUGGCACUCAUGAGCUCACAAAAUGAAGAGAGGAAAAACCAUACCAUUAUCAGCCUUGAUGAAGUUCCAGAAAAAGAAUAUCUGAUGUAGUACUAGUGGGAAGUAAAGGAAGUGAGCUCUAAGCCCUGACCAUUAACCAUCAUCAGCUAAUGAACAAAGAGAUUAAGUUGAUUUUUUUCCUAGCUAAUGCUAGUGUUCGGCCUGAUUUGUUACCGUUAAUGUGCUUCAUGGAUAAAUGCUAAUCACCUUACAGACAAACCACACUUUAAUGAAAUGCACUUCUCACUGUAAAUCCUUUCCAUUAUCACUUAUCGCUUACAGCUUAGUUUCUAAUUUUCUUCUUUCUUUUUAAUCACAAGCAUGAAGUUGCACCUUUUUAAUAUUAACUCUACUGGUUUCAAUUUUGAAAGAAAAGUGCUUGUUAAUUAAUUGCAGUGAAUAACUAGAGAAUUGCUAGUUAAAAUGUUAUUAAACUAUUAUGAAAUGUUAUUACACUAUUUCACUAUUGUUAUUUGUAAAUACCCACCUGUAAGUACUGUGUACUAAAAUAUAAUGCUUUCAGAUAAUCAAGCAUAGAACAAUGAAAUGCUACUUUUAUUUGACAUGCAUAAGAUAUACCUGUUUAUGUUUGGAAUUACAAAUGUGCUUAAUUAGCAAUAAAAUGUGUGACUUUUGUGAGGACCACAUACUCUUAUAAGCACUGUAACAUGAGAAAAUAAUUUGUGAGCUCCUUUUGCCGGUCCUCAUGUUUACAUGCACAAAGCUCCUAAUUAUAGUCUGUCUAAUUCUUUUAAUACAUUUCUCAUUAUGAGGACAAGAACGUUUGUCCCCAAUUCAUAUUUUAUUCCUGUGGGGUUGGUGAGGUUGAUUGCACAUUGUCUUGAUGAAGAGAAUUAAACAUUUUAUGGAACAAUGUGUAUUUUAGUUUAUUUGAGCUCAAAAUAAAAGACACAUAAAAUAAUAA